AUGCCUUUUCAGGUGCGGGGUCGUAUAUUGUUCUUGCAAGAUGCAAAGAGUGCCAGAAACAACGACAAGCAUGCGACCGCGCGUGGCCUCAAUGCGGAAGAUUCCACUCGCCCAGUCCGCGCUAAAAAUCCAACAGAUGGAGUCGUCAAGCGCAAUGCAGAUUCUGUUACUCGCCAAAAACACUCGACUCUAACGAAUAAGCAGAAGCGACAUGUGCAUAUAAACCCGCACAAGCUGUCACACAUGGGCAGAUUCAAAGCAAAGUUGCUUGGCGGUGUCGACAGAGCGCACGUUUCCAUAAGCAGAUACAGGAAAGGGUUUCAGGAUAGUGAGGCGAAAACCGGAAUUUCCUGGUAUCCAGUACGGGUACCUGCUAAUCUACCAGGAGAGUCAGCUGAUCAAUUCUCUCUUCCCGGUCGACCGUGCGUAUGGGCAAGUAACAAGAAGGAACUGUGUGAGAUCAUUCCAGAGCUCAGUAGGGAAACCAAUGGCGUUGUUUGGCGCUGCAUCGAAUCUCCAGUACUAUUCCUAGAAAAUGACGCAUGGGUCCACAAUUUAUGGGAGGGAAAGAAGAUCGAAAUUACGAUGAUCAGAGAAUUAAUUGCGCCUUCACAACAGCCUGAAGCAUCGCCACAGAACCAUUUGAUCAACUCUGAUUCAAUGGACGGCACCCAACAGCUUCCUGAAUUCCCCACCGAUGGUUCUCGAGAUGCUUCGCUACCGAACGCAUGCGCACAUGCCUUCGCGGUUGCUCACAGUGACAAUCACCUUCGACCCAGCAUUUAUGACAUGGAUAAUCCAUCUUUGUAUCGAAUUGCAUCCUCUCCGGAUUCAGACAAUGGCUCCUUAAACUCGGUUCACCUACCUAUGGUAUCUCAGAUAAUCCCGCCGUCUAAUACCAGUGAUCAUGAGCGUGAUUCGACGACGUCCCCUCUUCCUCAGGAUGUCCUUGCACGUGCUAAGCGCGGUGAAUUGCCGCUCAAUCCACCAAUUACGCAUGACAAUGUGGAAGUCUAUAACCUGGAUGCUGACUACUUGCGAACUGAUCGGGCUAAAAAGACCUCAGCCACAAGUGUAUUCAAAAGGGAAGCGCAAUCAGUGGGAUUGUAUGAAUUCCAACCCCCUCAAAGUGAUUACUACCCCGAUAACGUACCCGUCAAUUCAUUGACUUCUUCCUCAAACAUUCGCUCUCAUUUUUCGUUGGCUGCCCAGGCCCCGCCCAAUCCAGCUAUUGACCGAGGCCCUGACGCCAAUAUUCAUGGCUUAUCAACCGAUAACCCACGUCACAGUGAAAAGGGAAGAGGUCAAGAUCCUCGACCAUUGUCAGCAGAGGUAGGUGUGACUGGCAACAAAGAGGACCCGGCACCAGCAAUGCCGAGUCCUGUGGCGCAAGGGGACGACAGCGAUUCUCAGAUGAACGGGGCCAAAAGACUCGCGUUGCCUCUCGCCGAGGAUGAAUGGCCUGAAGAGAUCAAGGCGUUGACGAAGAGUUAUAAAGCAAAAGUUCCUGUCAGUGUCUUGCUGUGUGGGAACUCCCCAUUCGUCCCAUACACCUUUGACCCCAAAUAUGGCGUGCUCUACAUGGGCUUCUUCUGUAUCAAAGACAUUGAUGGUCCUACAGAACAAGAGACAGGUGAUCCUCUUGGUUCCAGCCAACUAUGUUGGCGCUUUAAGCUUGAGUGGACACCGGGACAAGUCUUCGAUGGCUCGUCUACGGACCGGUUGCGUAAUCCCUGGUGGAUGCCAUAUCGUUCCAAUGGGACGGACACCGAAAUGAUUACGCAUCCAUUCAGCCUCCUUCCCCUGCACUUGCUCGCCCCUAGUGCCACAUCCGAGGCCGAUUUUGAGCACGACACCUCCGAAUUGACAUUGACCUGUGGCUGUGCGGACAAUACAUCGAACGGCUUUCCUCCUAUCGGUGUUGAUUAUGUCCGAAAUCACAACAUUACCGCUCCUAUUGCCUGGCCAUGGGAUCGCCCAUCCAGAGGCAUAGUAUUCGACAUGAUGGACUGCGAAGACGGAUCGCGGAUUUUUAGCUAUCAGUUUCAAAAAGAUAUUAGUGUCAGACAUCUCUUCACCUGUAAUUCGGAUAAGCUCCAGGAAGAACCCUCACGACUCUUCAGAGAUCUUCAAAUAGAGGUCGAGAUGACAUGGCGGAAGUCGAUUGACAAUCUUGCCAUUGGCUCUUGCUAUGCUUACUUUGCUGGUAGAAAUUUCGAGCAUAAAGAGGGGGCUGCAUCGUGGACACAAGUACCUCAGUGCAUAUUGAAGGCACGGGAGCUACUUCAAAACCGAUGCGCUUCAGACGAAGGCACGGUGAACUGGAUGAUAUUACUCGCCUGGGUCAAACCUGGCUCGAAGAGCGGAUGCUUUAUGCCUGCGAGGCAUGAACGGCUAGCCAUACUGUGUCUCGGCGCUGACGUAGAGCUGUGUAUCUUUGCCAAGUCUCUUUCUCCAGAGGGCGCAGGAAAGUUGGUGCAAACGCUAGUUCCACAGCUACCUGCUGCGGAUUCACACUCUGAAAUGGUGGAGGAAGACGUGGCCAUGCAGGCCAGCUCAAUAGGCGGGACAGGUUUGAUAGACGCGGGCCAUCUUCAAGUCGCUGACCUACAGCCCGUGCAUCCGCUCGAUAACAAUCAAGCGUUUAUUGGAAUAUCGGCGCCUGUUGCAGAGAAUGGCGAGCCUAAAUCUCACGGAGAACAUGUAUUCGUCACUCUUGUGCAUGGGGAUACGCUCAUACUGGAAGGAGACGAUUUUGAGUUCACCUUGAAGAAAACUGGAAUGAGCAUCGUGCUCUUGGGCUGCACUUGA